CACAAGCAAUAUAUGUACAAUGAAGGAAAAUUACGUUGGCGCGAGAUCCGAACGUCGGCUGAGGUGGUUGUGGCCAUUUCCUGAGGCGUUCGGGUCCUCAGUCCGGUGUCCGGUUGACUCGGCCUCCCCAGCCGCCAUGAGGCGCGGAGGCCCCAAGGAAGAGGAGGCCUGCGGCGUGUGGCUGGACGCGGCGGCGCUGAAGAGGCGGAAAGUACAGACACAUUUAAUCAAGUCAAGCCCCAAAAUGCUAACACUUUUUCCUGGAGAGAGAGAGGCUAAGAUCACUCAAAGACGACCUCCACCUGCAGGCGUUCGGCAGACCAACAUUGUUUCCUUCUUCACCUCGCAGCCAGGAAAGACAAAUGGUGGUGAUCAGAGGAGUGUUUCAACUCAUAUAGAAAGUCAGACCAACAGCGAGUCUAAGAAAGAUGCAACCCAGCUAGACCAUCGGAUCCAGGGCUUGGGAGAUGAUUCUGUGGCACCCCCUUUAUCCACUUCAACCCCUGCAGACAUCCAGGAAGCUGGGCUUUCUCCUCAGUCCCUCCAGGCUUCUGGCCACCACAGAAUGGGAACCCCAUUGUUGACUGUGAUGCCUUUGUCCCAGCCUGACACCUUAGUCUGUGCUGGAGAGAGUCAAGACCCACUGGCUUGUUCCUUCACCCAGGACUUGGAAAGUUCUUGCUUGCUGGACCAAAAGGAGGGAGAGAAAGAUUCUUCCCGGAAGAGGGAAUGGCUUCAUGGAUCUAAGAAAAAUAACUGUCAGGGUAUGGAGAGACGCAGUAAACCACCUGGGGGCAGGGGCCAUCAGUCCUUGAAGUCUAAAUUGGAAAAGGUGUCAGCCAAAGAAAAUAGGCAGGCCCCCAUCCUUUUUCAAACAUACAGGGAUCCCUGGAGUGGAGAAAACACAGCAGCAGUGAAACAAAGCUCUUGUGCUGUUCCUGUCUUUUCCUGGGAUGGUGAAAAGAAUGACAGGGACUCCUGGAGUCAGCUUUUCACUGAGGAUUCUCAGGGCCAGCGCGUCAUUGCCCACACCUCUAGAGCUCCUUUCAGAGAUGUAACUAACAGUCGGAACUAUCAGGGCUUAGAGCAGUUUCCUAACAGCCCGUGGGCUCAGUGGCAGGAUAGGCCCUCUCAGUUAAAUCUGCAGCCUGAUUUGCUCUUUACCGAGGACUCUGAAGGUAAUCAAGUUAUCAGACACCAAGUCUAAAUGUCUUUGAGGGUUUGGUUCUAAAAGUACCUUGAAAUGACAGAUUUAGGAAAAUAUCUUGGCAGGGGGUGUGUGUUGGGGAGUGUGUGUUUGGUUAGGAGGGAAGUAUGGUAUGAAGCUGUUAUUAAGCACUUCUUUGUGUAAAUAAAGCAGGUGGUGACACUUUUUGGUUAGGAGGGAGGUGUGGGAUGAAGAUGUUAUUGAGCACUUUGUGUAAAGAAAGCAGGUGGUGACACUUGUUGAGACACCAUGGCUGGCAUCAUGCCUUUCCCUGAGGAAGAGGUGGCUGAUAGAGUCCCUGUGUGAGUCUGGUGAGCAUUGAGGAGGAACAGCAGGUACUUAUCCUUCCACUAGAGCCUGUUGUUUGGCCAGCAUGGGGCCACCUAUGCCCUUUCAGAUGCCUUCCUGGAACACUGCUUCUCAUAGAUGUGUAUCCUUUUAAUCUUGGCUGUAAUACUUACUCAGCCUAAGUUUGGGACCAUUACUCCUGACACUUUUUUGAGUGAUAAGUCAAAUCUCCCUAACCUGGGUAUAUGGGGGUAGAAGGUAGAACGGUGGCCUUUGUAUUUAUUUUUUUGUGAUUUUAUUUUUGUGGUACUUUACAGCAUUUUAAAGUUAUGUACUAUGUUUAAACAUCUCUCUUAAAAAGCCUGAGCUAUAUAACAAUCUUUUUUUAAAUUAUUUUUUAUUAUGAAAUGCACAUUUUUUAGAAUUUAUAUAACAAUUUUGCUGUGACUAUAUCACUCUUCUACAAGGUGGGAGAGAACUCCCUUUGUAAAACUGAGUCCAAAUAAAACUGUUUACAAAGCUGGUUCUCAUGGUAAUUAAAAUAUUACCAUUUUGUGAAAGCGUCACUGCCCUGGGUGCGAUCUGAACAGGGGAGUCUCAUGUGGCCUAUGUUCUACCCAAGGUGUUAUCCAUCAGGUAGCAGUUUCCCAUGCUGCCAGUGUGGUACUAUGAGGCUUAAACAGCCUGUGGGGCAAGCUUGCAAGUUCUAAGAUGGAACUGCUUCAGGGCAAAAUCUCUACAGAAAGGGACAAGAGGGUCCUUUGGGAAGUUCUCUUAUAAAGGCCGCACCUUAGAAGGAAAGAGGGGAAAGGCAGGAUUAGUGAAAGUCAAUACUGUAAAAUGAACAGGAAUCCUAGACCCGUGGGGGAGACCAGGUGAUUACAGCUCAGAGAUGAA